UUGGACAAGCACAAGGGCUGCGAUAUCAUCGAUCUCCACCCAGGUUCUUGUUUGUGGUCGCAAAAGAUUCAUCAACAUCUCAAACCCCGUCGCCAUCUCCUUCUCGAGCCUGACGAACGCUACCUGGACCCUUUCAUUAAGCCCCUCUUGAACCAAAAAGAUUCGGCCUAUCGCCACACAACCCUUUCCGGUGCUGCUCCAAAGGGCUACUUCGACACUUACGAUAAGAUCUUCGAUGACCACCUUCUACCAGCGAGGGAUGCCCUUCCUGAACAAGAUCCACGCCUUCGUGAACCUAAUCAUUCCUUGCUGGUUAUUGGUAGCCUCGUCCGCCGCUACCCCGAUAUUCGUACAGGCAGCAACGCCGUUGCUUUCCCAAAUUUGAUUCUACAUCAUCUGGCUGAGGCUGCCCAGACCAACAUCAUGUUCCAACGCUACGGUCUGGUGCGCGUGCUUCUCUGGGUUCCCGAUGAGACCAAAUCCAGCAUCUUGCCUGACUCCGUUCUACAUAGAACAGGCUACUCCAUCAAUCUCGAGUCGGCUUUUAAUAUCGCCGAAGUUGUAGGUAGUGAUCGCUCACAGCUGUCUCGCACUGAUAUCAACAAGAAGACUAUCCAUCGCCAACGACAAGAUCAACUUGAUGUUUGGAGUGCACGAAGAGUCCUCAAGCGCAUGCAGUCCAAGGGCAUGGCCAUUCCUGAGCACCGCCGACCAGAGGUGCACCAAAAGGCCCUCGACACCGACGACGAAAGCCUCUCAGAUUACGAUCCGAUACACUUGCCUAAAGAUAAAUCCUUGCAAGCAGCUGUCGACCAUCAUGAGAAGAAUCUCAACGAGUUGGCAGAACUCGCAGCAAUUCCCAGAGUGAAACGAAAACAUCUCACACCACCCGACGCGAGGUUCAAACUCACAAGUGCCAGCCAGGAGUACAUCAAGAUUUUCGAUCAGCCCAGCUGUAGACUUUGGUUCGAUUCUUGGGGUUUACAAAUUGCCCUUGAACACGAGUACAGUGCGACCAAGGACAAGCUGCCUGAAGAGGUACGGGCCAAAUUGCAAACGAGGAUUCUUGCGACCGACAAGAAGCUUUCGUCCAUCCAAGAGAAGAUGUUCAGCAAAGACGUGGGCAAACAGAUGGGCGUUCUCAUCGACGAGCUGUUCGCGUUGUGUAGACCUAAGCCGUUGAUGGAAUGGGACAGACGACCUUUUGAGCCUAUGACGGCAGCUGACGAGGAAUUCUGGCCUCGCUUCCCUAUGCGACUGGUCGACCUCAAGCCACGGACAGAAGCGCUUGGAGAUGACUUGAUGAACUCAACCGAAGCCAAUCAUGUUAGACGUGGCCUGCUCAAAGCAAUGUUCACGCACCCUUCAGCCCCUCUCCUGGAGUCGAUCGAUAGACUUGGACCUGGAGCUCGCGAUAUACUCGGGCCUGAGUUCAGUGAUGUCACUCAAGGUGGAAGAAUGGACCCAAAGCAUAUGUUGACCAAAGACAUCACACGGGAGCAACUGGUUGCUCUGACCAAAGCAUAUAUUGAGUGGCCAUUCCGACCUCUCGGAUCUGAAGCGCUCGAAGCC